AUGUCCAACGCCCACCCCAAGCCCGGCCCUUCGAGGCUGAUCCGCCGAGCCCCCCUGGUACUAGGCACCACCCUCCUCCUCUCUCUCAGCAUCUCAAGCUACUACCUCUCCCCCUCCAAACCCUCUUUCGGGCAAACGUACACUCCUGCGCUCCUUCUCUCCCAUACACAGCCAACACCACACACCUCCCUCUUCCGCCUUCGGCUCCUCCGACCGCCCAAGCCUGGAGGGCCGUUCUACGCGCUGUGGGUGCGCUCGCCUGUCCUCCAGAUCGAAAGGGAGUUUACGCCACUCCGAGGUUUAGAAGGGAAGGGGGAUGAGGUCGAGCUGUGGGUCAAACGGGAGGGCGAGGUGGCGCGAUACCUCGCUGGGCGGAAAGUUGGGGACGAAAUAGGUGUAAGAGGUUGGUCACCGGGUGUACAGUGGGAAGAUCAACAUUGGGACGAAGUAAUCAUGAUCUCGGGAGGAACGGGUAUAAUACCUUUUUACCAAUUGAUGGAUCACUUGUUCCUCAACCCCCGUUCUCCUACACCACCUGGAAGUGGAAAGACGAAGUUUACGCUGUUACACGCUGCACCUGUACCGGAGGAACUCCCCCCGGCGUCUAUGCUAGGUCCGUUGGGGGAACUGCAGCGCUCGCAGCCGGACAAGUUCAGGCUGAGGUUGUUUGUCGACUCUGCGCCUUCUGGAGCUAGGGAACACCUGGUAGGAGGAGCAGCACUCCCCCUCACCGUUCGCCGGAUCCAGCCGUACGACAUAUGGCUCGCACUCGGCCUCUCCCCCCCAACCCAGCAGACAUUCUUCUCUCGCUUCCGGUUCCGCUCUGUCUCCCCUCCAGCAGCCAAGGACCCAAGCAGGAAAGUGUUGUUCCUCGUCUCCGGGCCGGAGGGGAUGGUGCAGGCGUUCGCGGGGCCCAGGGCGAGGGACUUGACUGAGGGUCAGGUGGGGGGCGUUUUGGGUGGGAUGGGAUAUGGGAGGGGGGAGGUGAGGAAACUUUGAUGAGUGUGGGAGGAGGGGGAUGUUGUGGAGGACGAGGGAUGGGGGAUGGAAAGGGAAUUGCAUACAUUUCGCAUACUCGUACAACACUGGCUUGCAAUCAAUCAACACGACAUCGACUCAACCGUAACCCGUAUCCACAUCCUCUCCCGCUGACAAGGAAAUGAAGGUCAUCUCGGUCCUUCAUGCGCAUGAUACGCCCUCCUCAAAUGCCGAAACUUCUUCAGACUGUACAGCGCCAACUGCCCAUAACGCAGCGCAUGAGCAUAUCCCGCUCAUCUCAUGGCAUGACAGCAGGUACCCGCACCGUCUCGUCCCGUAUAUACUCGCCCAUAGCAAGGGCCUUCUUGAUAUCCUCUUCUUCUGUCAGACCUCGGUUUCCUAUGGCUAUGGGUCAGUGCGGGUCCUGCCUGAGGGGGGGGGGAGGCGGACGGUCGAACCACCUGCGGAUGCGGGCGUUGAAGCCGUAUGCCGGGUCGGGGUAUUCCCUGCCUAGCCUAUGAAGCUGGAUAUGUUGAGUGAGGGAUGGUCGUACUAUAACAGUAUGGUAUGCGAUAGACGUACUUC